AUGGCAUUUAUCUGGUGUCUUUCUGGACAAGAUAUUGAAAAGAAAAUUCAGUAUGGCAAGAGAAUGUUAGAUGCAUUAAUUGACAUCGUUCAGGGAGUCAGUUUUAUAGAGUGUACAGAAGAAUGUUUCAUAGCAACCAGACCCAACGUGACAGCCAAGCAGGCCGAGAAAGCAGUCCCCGGGACCGCCCUGGGACUGUUGUGGGGCUGCUGUGGGACUGCUCUGGAAAGCAGACCUAGCAGUCCCCGGGACUGCUUUCUGGGACUGUUUUGUUCACUCAUGUGUGAAAAAGGUUACUUGGUCACCUGUGCUACUGACGUGACGUCGAUAGAGACUCUAGAUAUUGAUAAUAAAGAAAUUGACGUACCAUUUGUUUACUCUGAGGGACACAAAUGGACGGUUAUACAAAGAAGAUGUUUCAACAACACAGACUUUUAUAGACGUUGGUCCGACUACAAGGCUGGUUUUGGUAACUUCAAAGAGAAAUCGGAUUUUUGGAUCGGAAAUGACGUAAUACACAUGUUGACGAAAAAUGGUUACAAUUAUAUGAGAGUGGAGAUGCUGAAGACAGACAACGAGCCAUUAGAGGCAGAAUACAGUCAUUUCUUGGUCGGUGAUGAAAGCACCGAAUACAACUUAACAGUUAGUGGAUUCACGGGGUUAUAUGAUUGUAUGACAAACAAGAUUGAUAAAAGAGCAGACGCAAAUGGGCUGAAAUUCAGCACAAUUGAUGUAGAAAACGAUCCAUGGAAGAAUGGAAUCUGUGCUUAUCAUUGUAAGUCAGGCUGGUGGUUUCAUUCUUGUACCUGUGGGAAUGUUAAUGGAUUGUUUGGAAAUGAGAAAACAAGUUUUGUGAUGCGUUGGAUGUGCGCAGAUGGGUGGAUAUGUCCCCUCCAAGCCACAAGAAUCCUUAUCAGACCCUAGAUGUUAUACAAUUACAUGUUCAUUACAACAAAUUGCAGAAGAGACCAUAUAUAUGAUAAAUAAUGCAAA